AUGGACUCGGUUUGUGGGCGUGAGUCUUCGGUGUCGCCGCCCACGGUGGUGGCGCCCGUAGCCGUCAAAGCUUCACCCUUAAGCGACGCCCACGCGAUGCCCGUGCCCACAGACCAGCAGCGCCUGCUGUACCAGCUGGCCCUGGCUGAGCGUCUGCGUCUGGCCUCUGCCGGUCUGGCCUGGGCCAGACCACCACUCUCAGCCCAUCACCACCACCUUCAGGAGGCCAGCAUGGGCGGCAACUUUAUGGGUGGACUGGGUAUGCCGAUGAUGGGCGGCCUGGGGUCUAUGGCGUUUGGAGGAAGCUUUAUGGGUGGCGCGUCCACCCAAGUGCCGCAAGCCACGUACCCGCCGCCCCACCCACUCUACGGCUACAGGCUCCUUGACCCUCGCAUGCUGUUGCCCCGGGGACCCGAGGAGCCCAAGCCCCAGCACUCCUACAUCGGACUCAUCGCCAUGGCCAUCCUCAGCAGCCCGGAUAAGAAGCUGAUUCUGAGCGACAUCUACCAGUAUAUCCUGGACAACUAUCCCUACUUCAGAUCCCGAGGCACUGGAUGGCGCAACUCCAUCCGUCACAACCUCUCCUUAAACGACUGUUUUAUGAAGUCGGGCCGCUCCGCCAACGGGAAGGGCCACUACUGGGCCAUCCACCCCGCCAACAUUGAUGACUUCAGGCGGGGAGACUUCCGCCGGCGGCGAGCCCAGCGCCGCGUCAGGAAACACUUGGGACUCGCCGUCGACGACGACUCUUUAAUGGCUAUGCAUAUAUAUAUUUUGGCAAAUUAA